AUGGCUCGAGGUCAGGCAACUUUUGGUAUACCAGGCUCCGGAAGGGGCCGGGGUCGCAAUACAAAUUUUAGAGGCGGGAGAGGAAGAGGUGGUUUCAACCGAGGAAGAGGCCGAGGAGGCAAUCCCGCCAAUGGUGAUACUGGACCUGGUCCACAGCGCGCAAAUGAAGAAACUAGACUCGAAGAUCGAUUUGAAGAGGCCAGGAUACGCGAUGAAGUGGAUGAAAAGCUUGGCUUUGGGAAGUAUCUAGAAGGUCCCAAGCGUAUUGGCUGGCUGGUCAAUAUGCACCCUACCCUUGUUCGAGACGAAGAACACAAAACGGGCCGUGCCGGUGUUGACUAUUACUUUAUCCAAGAUGACGGUGACAUGUUCAAAGCUACACUUAUUCAUGAUCCAUACUUCUAUGUCGGCUGCAAGUCGGGUACUGAAAGCGCAGUUGAAGAAUGGCUGAUGAAAAAGUACGAGGGAGUUAUUCUGCGUAUCAAUCGCGUCAAGAAAGAGGACCUAAAGAUGCCGAAUCAUCUUCUCGGUCAUCUACGGCUUUACUUACAACUCCAAUUCGCCAAUGUCUCCGAUCUGUUGGCUGUUCGCCGAGAAAUCAUGCCUCUGGCACUCACCAAUGCUGCGAAACUCAGCGCAGUCGACGCAUACGCCGAGGUCGUGCAAGCCGCGGCUUCGAAUUCCGCAAGCAUGGAUAUUGACUACGACAAUGACGACCCAGAUGGCAUGUCAUCAUCCCGUCCUCGUCAAGCCUGGGGUGCCGAGGAGGACCCUGCGGCUGCUGCUCGUGCUCGCACGGCGGACCCAAGUGCUCUUAUCACCGAUAUCCGAGAAUAUGACGUUCCAUACUACCUCCGCGUUGCCAUCGAUUGCGACAUCCGAGUUGGAUUGUGGUAUGAAGUAGCUAUGGAUGCUGGUCAGCUUACCCUCACUCGUCUGGUUGAUCGAGUCAAGCGUGCUGAGCCUGUGGUUAUGGCUUUUGAUAUCGAAACAACCAAGGCCCCCCUCAAGUUCCCCGAUCAAGCUACCGACUGCAUCAUGAUGAUCUCCUACAUGGUUGAUGGACAAGGUUUUCUAAUCACAAACCGAGAAAUUGUUGGCGAAGAUAUCGAUGACUUUGAGUACACGCCAAAGCCUGAAUACGAAGGCCCAUUCACUAUCUUCAACGAAAAGGACGAGGUUGCUCUUCUACAGCGCUGGUUUGAGCAUAUCCGUGAAUGCAAACCCACGGUCAUGGCGACGUUCAACGGUGACUCCUUCGAUUUUCCGUUUGUGGAAGCACGCGCAAAAGUCCAUGGGCUUGACCUUAUGCUUGAGACUGGAUUCGCUAGAGACUCGGAGGAUGAAUUCAAGUCACGGGCUUGCAUCCACAUGGAUUGUUUCCGUUGGGUAAAGCGUGACUCUUAUCUUCCCCAAGGGAGUCAAGGCUUGAAAGCUGUCACCAAGGCGAAGUUAGGUUAUGAGCCUAUAGAAUUGGACCCCGAACUUAUGACACCGUAUGCGUCAGAGCAACCUCAAGUGCUGUCCCAAUAUUCCGUUUCCGAUGCUGUGGCUACCUACUACCUCUACAUGAAAUACGUUCACCCCUUUAUAUUUUCUCUUUGUAAUAUUAUUCCCCUCAAUGGCGAUGAGGUAUUACGAAAGGGUAGCGGGACUCUCUGUGAAACGUUGCUUAUGGUUGAAGCAUAUAAAGCUGGCGUCAUUAUGCCCAACAGGCACGAAGAACCGACAGGAAAUACUUAUGAAGGGCAUUUGCUCGCUUCUGAAACUUAUGUUGGUGGCCAUGUCGAGGCAUUGGAGGCUGGAGUUUUCCGUAGCGAUAUAGCCACGCACUUCAAGAUCGUUCCAGAGGCUAUUCAAGGGCUCAUCAACGACUUAGAUGCGGCUUUGAUAUUCUGCAUUGUUGAGGAAUCCAAGGUACCCCUGGAGAGCGUUACCAACUACGAUGAAGUCAAAUCAAAGAUUCAAGCCGCUUUGGAAGACCUUCGAGACAAACCAUUGCGGCAAGACAACCCUCUUAUCUACCACUUGGAUGUCGCGGCCAUGUAUCCCAACAUCAUGUUGUCGAACCGGCUCCAGCCUGAUUCCGUGGUCGACGAAGCGAUGUGUGCUGUCUGCGACUUUAACAGGCCCGACAAAACCUGCGAUCGACGCAUGACUUGGGCGUGGCGUGGCGAGUUCUUCCCGGCCCAACGCGACGAGUAUAACAUGAUCAAACACGCCCUCAACCAGGAGAUGUUUCCUCCCAGGAAACCCGGUUUGCCCGAACGUCGUUUCAACGAGCUCACCGAAAACGAGCGCACGGCACUCUUACACAAGCGGCUCGGUGAUUACUCGCGCAAGGUGUAUCGCAAGACCAAGGAAACCAAGGUUGUGUACCGCGAAUCCAUCAUUUGCCAACGUGAAAACCCUUUCUAUGUGGAUACCGUGCGUAGCUUCCGUGACCGUCGAUACGAAUACAAGGGAUUACACAAGACGUGGAAACGCAAUUUAGACCUUGCAUCCGAGGGAGGCUCUCUCGCAGAUGUCGCUGAAGCUAAAAAGAUGAUCGUACUCUACGACUCGUUACAGCUUGCUCAUAAGUGUAUUUUGAACUCGUUCUACGGCUACGUAAUGCGAAAAGGUGCUCGAUGGCACUCGAUGGAGAUGGCUGGGAUCACCUGUCUUACUGGCGCUCGUAUCAUCCAAAUGGCUCGACAACUGGUAGAACAAAUUGGUCGCCCUCUAGAACUGGACACGGACGGUAUUUGGUGCAUGCUUCCAGGCACAUUCCCAGAGAACUUUAAGUUCCAGACGACCAAGGGCAAAGCGAUCGGUUUUUCGUACCCCUGCACCAUGCUUAAUCAUCUUGUUCAUGCUCAAUUUACGAACCAUCAAUACCAUGACCGAGUUGAGAAGAACUCUACUAAAUACAAGGUCCACAGCGAGAACUCGAUCUUUUUCGAAUUGGACGGACCAUACAAGGCGAUGAUUCUCCCCUCGUCCAAGGAAGAAGAUAAAUUGCUCAAGAAGCGGUAUGCCGUAUUUAACGAAGACGGCUCUUUGGCCGAGUUGAAAGGCUUCGAAGUCAAACGCCGUGGAGAGUUGCAACUCAUCAAGAUCUUCCAAUCAUCAAUCUUUGAGAAAUUCCUGUUGGGUACCACAACCGAAGAAUGUUAUGCCGCUGUUGCAGAAGUUGCCGACCAGUGGCUCGAUGUACUCUUCAGUCGGGCUACAGCUCUUGCUGAUGAGGAGUUAGUCGAACUUAUUGCCGAAAACCGAAGCAUGUCCAAAACACUCGCCGAAUAUGGUGCUCAAAAGUCGACGUCGAUUAGCACUGCUAAGCGUCUUUCCGAAUUCUUGGGUAGCCAGAUGGUCAAAGACAAAGGCCUGGCCUGCAAGUUCAUCAUUUCAGCCAAACCUUUGGGAGCUCCCGUCACUGAUCGCGCGGUUCCCGUCGCCAUAUUUUCUGCGGAGGAGUCGGUAAAGCGCACGUUUUUGCGUAAAUGGCUCCGAGAUAAUAGUCUCGUUGACUUUGAUAUUCGUUCAAUCUUGGACUGGGGCUAUUACAUUGAGCGACUCGGAUCGGUCAUUCAAAAGCUUAUCACUAUUCCCGCUGCUAUGCAAAAGGUCGCCAACCCGGUCCCACGAAUCCGUCAUCCAGAUUGGCUUCAUAAGCGCGUCGCAGCACUCGAAGACAAGUUCCAGCAGCACAAGAUGACCGAUUUUUUCAAAACAGCACCCAGGGCUCCCGUUGAUACUCAAGACGGAAAUGCUGAUGUGGAUAUGGAAGACUUUGGCAAACAAAAGUCCGCAGACAACCGUGUUAAGGCAGUGGUCAAGAAGCCUGUCAAACCUGCGGUAGCUGCACCACCAAAGGCACCCCUCCCCGAUCCUUCUAAGAACUAUUCGGCGUGGAUCCGAGCUAUGCGACCUCGAUGGGAGGAAAGGCGCCGAGAGCGACUGGGUGUGGACAUGGACGCUUCCGUUGCCUCUAUCUUCAAAGGAGCUAGGAUGACAUCUACCUACGUCUGGGAGAUUGUUCAAAUUCGCCCAAGAAGAGAUCCCGGAAAGUUCACACUUUGGCUGUCUCUGGAGGACAAAUUGGUUUCCGUUCCUCUACGCAUCCCUCGCGAGUUUUACCUCAACUUGAAGAGCCCAGAUAUCAGCUUGUUCGACGACAGUUAUCGUACGGAAAACGUUGUACGAACGCUCCCACGCAAUCAUCCAUGUCACCAUCUAUUCCGUGUCAGUGUUUCAGAAGACGAAUACCUAAGAAUGGAGUCACAUUUCGCGCAUUUAACCAACAAUCCUAAUGUGGAUGGUGUCUACGAGAUGCAGAUUCCCCAUACCAUGCGUGCGGUCUUGAAACUCGGGACGAUAUGUACUACAACAAAGGAAAACGACAUAUCCAUAAACCGAGCCCAAAGUCUAGGACUCGAGCUGAACGGCCUAGAACGAGCUGGCCCAUCUCUUACGCAGCGCACUUAUCUUGAUGGCGGCAAUGUUUUGAAACCCCUAUUCAUCUACUAUGCCACCAACCAUGGCCGUCAUGUCCUUGUCCUUGUCCUCCCGAAAGGCAAGUUCCAAGUACAUAUGGUCAGUCCAGGAGGCAAUCGUGAACCGCUACGCAAAAUGCAAGAACAAUAUUCGGCCCUCAACUCUGCGCGCAAGGCCGCAGGGGGGGCCUCGUUAUAUGAAUAUCCAGAGGCAAUUGAAACCGAAUUCGUUUUCCACAAAGACGAACAAAAGCUCAUGGCUUCCUUAUCAGCGGAACUUGGCUCUGUGAGCGAUAAACAUUACUCCAUCGUACUAUCAUCUUCAAGAGAUCCAGAAUAUUUCGACCUUCGAGUCAAGAAUAUGCACAAAUUCCCGGUGAUCCCAAUGCUCACCGACCGAGCAGCACACUUAGUCACUGCGCCACUCCAAUGGCAAAACGAAACCGUCGAAAAACUCAUGACACAAUACCUCUCCUUUGGCUCUUGGUUGCAAACCGCUAUAGAGCAGUCAACGUACUUCGAUGUCCCACUUGGGAACAUUGGAGCAGACUCCCCCCUUUUUUUUGCAGAUGUUGAUUUUGCACGUAGACUAUGGCAAAACGAUUCACUCUUGUGGUGGUCUCCCGGCCUCCGCCCUGACCUUGGAGGAACGGAGCAUGACAUGAACGCCCCUAGUGACGACCCCAAUUCGAGUGUGGAUCUUGCCAACCCUGGAUGCUAUACUAAUGUUUGCCUGGCUGUCAACGUCCGUAACCUGGCCCUGAACUCGGUCUUGCAAUCCGGUAUUGUAAACGAACUCGAAGGGACAGCUGGUGCUACCGCCUUUGACUCUGCCUCGCAUACACUCAAUGAUUACGCAUCUGGCGAAGCGCGAGUAUCAGUGACACUCGGCGACUCGGUAAUUUCCCCUCAAACGUUUGGUAUACUCAAGGGUAUGGCCAAAACCUGGCUCUUGGAUAAAGUACGCAACCCGGGCGGACCAUCGCAACACGCAGUAGAUCAUUUCUGGCGUUGGUUGAGCAGCCCAUCUGCGCAGAUGUAUGACCCCAGCAUGCAGCGCUUCGUUCAAGGAUUGAUGAAGAAGACGUUUAUCCAAAUGUUGGCGGAAUUUAAACGACUUGGCUCCCAAGUUGUCAAAGCCGAUUUUGGUCAUAUUAUUCUAGUAACAUCAAAGCCCCCGGGUACCGCAGGUGCAUAUGCGGCCUACUUGCUGAAUGCUGUAAAUUCUCAUGACCUAUUUACUCACCUCGAACUUCAACCUGAUCGCUAUUACGACUUCCUUUUAUUCAUGGAUAGUGCCAACCUAGGUGGGGUGGUAUCAGAAGAUGCGUACUCAUCCUCAGAAAGCUCAGGUCCUUGCGUCGCCAUGAACUGGAGCAUUGAAUCUUUCUUCCCUCCUGCAGUGCGAGCCGCUUUUCACCAAGACCUUCGGCGCAUUAUCGUCGAGCUUUACACUGAGCACCAAAAUCAUGCCGAUGUAGAUCGUGCGCCACUGCGUGUUAUAGAUAACCUUACUCAGGACGCAUCGGCUGCCCCCCAAGACGAAGUUCAACAAAAAACAAACGAAGCAGUCACAAACUACCUAGAGUCGCGUCUAACUCGUCGCUUACUUGGUCGUGUUGCAAAAAUCUUAUCGUCGCAAAAACAGGCAUUUAUAGAAGAAGAAACACGCGAAGAAUGGCUUUGGCCGUUGCUUCCAGGCUCUCACCGAACGAUGGCCACCCCUGUUAUUGAAUAUGUCAAAGCAAUGUGCGCGUGCCUCACCCUUAUCCGCACCCACAGCAAUGAGGUUGGGAUUCUCCGACGCAAUCUACUGGAAUUGGUUGGAGUGCGCGAAUUCGCAAACGAAGCUCAUUGGUCCGACCCUUCUGCGCGCUGUCGCGUGCCACACGUGGUAUGCAGGACCUGUACUCAUGUCCGUGACCUCGAUCUUUGUCGCGACGCGGAUCUCAUGGAACGAACGCCCUCACGCUCCCGAGCAGGUGCGAUGGAGACAAAGUGGGAAUGCUCUGCCUGUGGUUCGGCAUAUGAUCGUCGUGCUAUCGAAUCCACUUUAAUUGACAACGUUCGAUCUCUAAUUGCUGCACAUCAAGCCCAAGACCUCAAGUGUACAAGGUGCAAACAGAUUCGAAUAGACGAUAUGUCACCUCACUGCAAAUGCGCCGGGCCCUGGCAAUUGACCGUUGGACGUGCCGAGGCUCUAAGGCGCAUUCGAGUCCUAGCCAAUGUCGCUACCUUCCAUGGACUUCCAUUCUUAAAGGAAUAUGCAGAGGCUACCAUGGCGCGAUGGUAG